AUGGUGCAACCAAUCAGUGCUGGGGACGAACGCUCCCCUGCCGAGAUCGAAAAGGGGCAAGACAUUGUUUACGACGAGGCCAAUGGAAGCGACAGGUCUACCGAGGGCGAAUUUUCCUGGACCCCUGAGGAAGAAGCCAAGGUCCGACACAAACUAGAUCGCGUCAUUGUACCGCUCACGACGUUUCUGUACUUGCUGUGUUUCCUCGACAGAAUCAACAUUGGAAAUGCGCGUAUCCAGGGUUUGGGCAAGGACCUAAAUCUCAACACGGGUGUGCGAUUCAACUGGGUCACAUCCAUCUUCUACAUUGUCUACAUGUUUGUAGAAGUACCCAGCAACCUUCUUCUCAAGAAACUCGGCCCCAAGUGGUACCUUCCUCUUCUCGUGUGCGGAUUCGGCUUUGUCUCGCUCUGCACUGCUUUUGUCAACAGCUUUGCGGGCUUGCUCGUGGCGAGAGGGUUCCUCGGUAUAUUCGAAGGUGGUGUAAUGCCUGGUCUUGCAUUCUUCAUUACUUGCUUCUACAAGCGUAAUGAACUUCUCUUCCGUGUCGGCAUCUACGUGUCAGCAGCCUCCAUGGCUGGAGCCUUUGGCGGUUUGCUUGCUACUGGUCUUGCCCGUAUUCCUCCGUGGGGCGCAUCAGGCAUGAUCAUCCACACCUGGCGAAACAUUUUCUUCUUCGAGGGACUUUUCACCAUUCUCGUUGGUCUUGCUGCUCCCUUCAUGAUGCCCCGUAGUCCCGAAGACUGCUGGUUCUUGAACGAGCGUGAACGAAUGAUUGCUUCGAGGCGACUUAUCCAGCGGGGUGGAGGCGACGAGAACGAGAAGACCCAGCCACACCACAUCAAGAGGGCUGUGAUGAACAUCACCAAUUAUUUCUGCGCCCUGGGCUUCUUUUUCAUCAACAUUACCGUGCAGGGUAUCUCGCUGUUCAUGCCUACUAUCCUUGCCGAUCUUGGCUGGACUGCGACAAAGGCACAGCUGUACUCUGUACCUCCGUACGUGUGUGCAUGCGUAAUUGCUAUUGCUAUCGCCUUCGUGUCAGACAAGACGAACCGUCGUGGAAUUUACCUGGCCGUUUUCACGCUUCCUGCAAUUGCUGGCUUCUGCAUUAUGCGCUGGGCAACUGACCCUUCGACUCGAUAUGGUGGUAUCUUCCUCAUCACCAUUGGCGCUUUCCCCGGAGGUCCUGGAUUCCUUGCAUGGGCGGCAAACAACGCCGCUGGACCUGCCGUUAGAUCCGUGUCUACCGCUUAUGUUGUUACUCUUGGUACCGCCGGUGGUAUCGUGGCAACUUGGACAUAUAAACGUCAGGAUGCGCCCCGCUACGAGACUGGCCACACCAUCAACCUCGCUGGCCAAAUCUGCGUGUGUGUACUCGCUAUCUUCGGUAUCAUCUACUGCAAGUGGGAGAACAGGCAGCGCGACAUGGGCAAGAGGGAUUAUCGUCUGCAAGGCAAGACGGAUGCAGAGAUCAAGGACCUGGGAUAUCGGCAUCCGGACCGCCCCGUCGCCUCCUCGCCCGUCCUUUGUUCUCCCUUUCUCACGAUGACCGUCACCGUCGUCCUCGGCGCCCAAUGGGGCGACGAAGGCAAGGGCAAGCUCGCCGACAUCCUCGCCCACGAGUCGCAAAUCUGCUGCCGCGCCCAGGGCGGUAACAACGCCGGCCACACCAUUGUCGCCAACGGCAUCACCUACGACUUCCACAUUCUGCCCAGCGGCCUCGUCAACCCCGGCUGUAUCAAUGUCAUUGGCAGUGGCUGCGUCGUCCACGUCCCCAGUUUCUUCAAGGAGCUCGAGGCACUCGAGAAGCACGGCCUGAACACCGAUGGCCGCAUCUUCAUCUCGGACCGCGCCCAUGUCGUGUUUGACGUGCACCAGAUGGUCGACGGCCUCGAGGAGGUGGAGCUGGGUGGCGGCAUGAUUGGCACAACCAAGAAGGGUAUCGGCCCAACUUACAGCACAAAGAUGACCAGGAGCGGUCUGCGCAUGUGCGAUUUGUUCGACGAGGCUAUUUUCGAGGAAAAGCUCCGGAGGUUGGCCAAUGGCUUCCAGAGACGCUUUGGCGACCUGCUCAAGUACAAUGUCGAGGAGGAGAUUGCCAGGUACAAGGGCCUCCGCGAAAAACUCGCUCCAUAUGUCGUCGACCAGAUCCCUCUCCUGGCUUCGGCAAAGGCCAAGAACGCGAAAAUCCUUGUUGAAGGUGCCAACGCGCUGAUGCUGGACAUUGACUACGGCACAUAUCCCUUUGUCACAUCGUCAAACACUGGUCUUGGAGGUGUUAUCACAGGUCUUAAUCUCGGAUGGCGGUCGUUGACUGAAGUCAUCGGCGUGGUCAAGGCCUACACCACCCGUGUCGGAUCUGGUCCCUUCCCCGCCGAGCAGCUAAACGAGAUUGGCGAGAAACUCCAGCAAGUCGGCCACGAAGUCGGUGUCACAACUGGCCGCAAGCGUCGCUGUGGUUGGCUCGAUCUUGUCGUAGUCAAGCACUCACACGCCUGCAAUGACUACACCGCCAUCAACCUGACCAAGCUCGAUGUCCUUGAUGACUUUGCUGAAAUCAAGGUAGCAACAUCAUACUCGUACAAGGGUCAGACACUUGAUGGCUUCCCGGCCAACCCCGAGAUGCUUGCCGAAGUCGAGGUACACUACGAGACGCUACCUGGCUGGCAAAAGCCGACGACGGGCGUCACCAACUGGUAUGACCUACCCCACCAGGCGAGGAGUUAUGUCGAGUACAUCCAAAACUUUGUGGGUGUCAAGGUAAAAUGGAUUGGUGUCGGACCUGCGCGAGAACACAUGAUUACCAGGGCGUAG